GCCAUGUCGACCUCCGCGACUGAGAGCAUCCGGGAGACUUUCAAAAACAAGCUGAACAAUGACUGGAGGGUCGAACCCCAAUGCAACCUGAAUAGACACGAGAAUUGCGGCUGCCUAAAGCCCUUCAUAAAGACCUGUCUACUCAAAGAGUGGUUGGGGGAUAUUCGGUCGCCCACAUCGAAUGGUGUGCUGCUAUUUGAUGAGAUAGAUCCCAUCAGAACGCUUUUUCAUGGAUCUGCAUCGACUGUACUCCAGGGUAGUAAACUUGUCUUCAGCUGGUUGGUGAAAGAGGGUCAUGGCCGACUUAUGCACAUCUUCCAUCGUGCCGGAUUCGAUGACGCCAAGAUUCGAAACACUGGAACUGGAUACUCCNUUCGUCGCUACAGAGCUUUGAGAGACGAGUUUGUUCAAUAUAGUAGGGAGUACCAUGCCGGCUUCGAACAGCUGGCAAAAUCCUUGGAAAGCUCAAGAUGGGAGUUUUCCNCGCAAAUCCUUGGUUCAAAGCUCGAAAACGAAACGUUUGGCAACAAACUCUACAUACCACUCUGUCAGCAGUGGGCCGUUACUGAGCCCGGAGCUACAGCCGUUGUAUACCUCGCUAUAAUCCAGGAAGCAUUUGUUUUGGACAGCAUCAAACAAUAUCUGGGUGAUCAGGUGGAUGGUGGAAAUUAUGGACCAUGCUAUAGGUUGGCCAUCAAGAGAAUUCACAAUACUCGAUGGAACACUUACAGCCAAGAGAGACGAGCUUUUACAGGCAUCCGCGACAAGAAAGGCAUGCUGCGAUGUCUUGGCUCAUACAACUUUAUCGAUGAACACGGAAACGAAUACUACAAUAUACUGCUCGAGUUUGCCAACAUGAAUCUACAUGAAUUUUUCAUGGCAUUCGAUCCUCCCCAGCUUACGAGAGAAGUGCACUCACAAUGGGCGGAGUUUCGUGAAAUUGCAGAAGCCAUCGAAACCCUUCAUAAUUUUGAUCACGAAGGAACAAGAUGGUCCGNNGAUCGAUACAGAUGGCACGGUGAUAUCAAGCCGCGGAAUCUCCUACGCGUUGGCAAGGAGUGGAAGCUCGCCGACUAUGGGUUUACUGUCUUCCGCGCAGAGUCUCCAGAGGAGUCAGCAAGAGCUCAGCUGAAGGAAUGCACACAGACCUGGGGGGCACCCGAGACUGUUCAUCCAGGAAAUUUUGUUCUCCAGACAGUUGAUACAUGGUCAUUUGGUUGUGUGCUGUCGAUUGCUGCGACAUGGAUGGUUAAAGGCAUCAAAGGCGUCCUUGAGUACCAGAGAUACAGAUCUGAGGCUUGUAAGAAGCUAAGCCACGCACGUCACGCUCCAGAUGCUUUCCACGAUGGCAACGACGUCCUGCCACAUAUCAAGAAAUGGCAUGCCCACUUGAGACAGCUCAUACGCCCAUCUGACCAUAUCACAAAUCGAAUACUGGAGAUGGUGGACGUCGAUCUCUUAUUAAAGGAUCCUGGUGCUCGGUUAAAAUCACAAAAGUUGCGCGAGAGACUGGAUCAAAUUCUCUUGGAAGCUCAAGACUCUCAAACUGAAGCUUCAACAGAUGAGGAACUCUCUGAAGCUCUAAGAUAC